AUGCCUUCCACACACCCCCAGACCUCGCUCUUUCAAGUCUACCUCCGUCUGCGCCCGCCCAUCUCGCCCAAGCAGAAUGAGCCGGAGCGCUUCCUGACAGUCGAGAAACCCGAAGUCGCCCAGGAUGAGGAGAUCGUUCCGCCAGUCCCCACACAUAUCACUCUUCAGCCUCCCAGCGACUCGCGCAAACGUGCAGUCGAGAAGUUUGGCUUCACCAAAGUCUUUGAAGAGAAUGCCUCGCAGUUGGACAUCUUUCAUGACACGGGAAUGGAGUCUCUUGUCAAGGGCGUGCUGAAGGAGGGUCGUGAUGGACUGGUCGCGACCCUAGGCGUGACAGGCAGCGGAAAGAGUCACACGAUUCUCGGGUCUAAGACCCAACGAGGAAUCACUCAGAUGGGUCUGGACGUCAUCUUCCGAUCGCUCGAGCCAACCUUAAAGACGGCGGACGGCAUCAGCCCCAUGAUGCUCGCAUCGCUUGCUGCAGCAGAUGCGUCCGAAGCGCGACUAUUCUCGGCGCAGACAUUCCUGGAAGCCGUCUAUGGCGAAAUUAAUACCGAUCGUGGCCGCACUUCACGAGCACAAACACCGAUGAGCCCAUCUCGUGCUCACACUCCCCUGACGCUGGACCAUGUCUUUCAAAGCCUGGAAGCCCCCCAAGGCGGACAUCACUCCUCUUUCAACCCCCAAUCGCGCGGACCAACCCGGCCAUGGCCCCCGGUCGAUCGAGCGUUCCGGCAGGAUGAACCCCGGAUUUCCUACCCCCUCCCCUACACGCGUCCCAUUUUGUAUGAUUCUUUCUUCGCUAAACGACUUUACGUCUAUAAGGAACCGUCCCCUGCCCUGGUAUUCCCUCGUCGCAACCCGCGUGAACGCCCAAGCGCCCUUCCCAGACUUCCCGAUGUGAGCCAUCUAGCCGUGGACCUGAAUCACGACUCGGACUACGUGGUUCUGGUGUCCAUGUACGAGGUUUACAAUGACCGGAUAUUUGAUCUCUUGUCUCCGUCGCUUGUUGUAAAUACUAUGUCUCGCGGAAACAACCAAAAGGAUGGACGACGGCCAUUGCUAUUCAAACCUACCGAAGGAUCACCGGAUCGAAAAGUUGUGGCGGGCUUGCGCAAGAUUGCGUGCAGCACUUAUGAAGAGGCCUUGGCUAUCCUAGAUGUUGGUCUGACUGAACGCAGAGUGAACGCUACGGGGUCGAACAGUGUCAGCUCUCGAAGCCACGGUUUCUUCUGCCUGGAAGUCAAGAAGCGGUCACAGGGAAGACGUUAUGGUGAAGUAAACUGGGAAGGAAAUACUCUCACCAUCGUGGACUUAGCUGGAUCUGAGCGAGCAAGAACGGCAAAGACAGCCGGUGCAACACUCGCAGAGGCUGGUAAGAUCAACGAGAGCUUGAUGUACCUGGGCCAAUGCCUGCAGAUGCAGAGUAAUCUCCAGGAUGGGAACAAGACGACACUCGUUCCUUUCCGCCAGUGCAAACUCACCGAGCUCCUAUUCUCAAAUUCCUUCCCAUCGGCAAAUCAAAUGUCUCGAGGCCAUCAUCCUCAAAGGGCAAUCAUGGUCGUCACAGCAGAUCCUCUCGGAGACUUCAACGCUACAUCCCAGAUCCUUCGCUACUCGGCGUUAGCUCGUGAAGUCACCGUUCCACGAAUUCCUUCCGUCACAGAAUCCAUUAUGUCGCACUCGUCCAGCAAGAGUGGACGCACCUCUCCCAACUACGCAUUGGGCGAAGAGCUUGACCGGGCCGCAGCCGAGAUUUCUCGACUGACAAGCGACAUGCAAACUCUUGCUAUCAAGCUCGCUGAAGAAGAGAUUGCGCGUGACGAAACUGCAAUUAUGCUUGGCGCUGCCGAGGAACGAUGUCUCAUGAUUGAGCAAGAAGUCCGAGAAGAAUGUUGGGCUGAGAUGGAUGAGAGGAUGGAAGAGGAACGGAGACGGUGGCAGAAUGCCUGGGAAGAGCAGGCUGGACGUGCAGAUGAGCACAUGGACAAGAAGAUCGAACUAUUUUCUCGUGGUUUCCAAAUCUAUGAAGACCCUAAACAAUCGACGAACGAAAGGGUUGAGGAACUGGAGAACGAAAAUGAACAGCUUCGUCGCCGACUCGCCGCUCUCGAGCGCGAGAUGAACUCCCAAUCCCCAACCAGAAAACCCAGAGCUAAGAACGGCCCGACCACUCGCUCGUCUAAUCUACUUGGUCGUGAGAGUGAUAUUGAGAAUGCACUCCAACGGCUGGAUCACCUGAAGAUUGCAGAUGGCAUGUUCUCGCCUUCUUCGCCAGCGCCUACAUCUCCGGGGAAGAAGCCGCGGAAAAUGGCGACGAGGAAAUGGGACCUAGGUCCCGAGGAUCAGCUUUAA